AGCUCUUUCUAAAAUCUUCUAGAAUCAUCUUCUCACUCUCUAUCUGUCUUCUUCAUCAGUCCCCCCAUCUCCAACACAAUCUUCAAAACCUCUCCUCACUCAAAAUUAAAAUCCUUAACCCAAAAAAUCAACAAUGUUCGGCGUCGUCUUCCCCAAUCGAAGUUUCCCAAUCGACAUCUCAACCUUCACUCAAAUCGAUACUUUCCAUUGGGUUCUCGACAUGAACCACUUCGUCGGUGAAGCAUAUGAUCAAAUCUCAGAGAUGUGUAUCUUCUUGUUAAACAACUUCAAUCUCCCACCAGAUAAAGCUUUAGCUGUAUACGUUCAAUCCCCAGGAUCAGCUUUUGUGUUCUGUGGUGCUGUGACUUUAGCUAGACCUUCUGCUGUUUUGUCACUUCAAUGGCCUGAACCUGGUAGUGCUGCUCAGAUGCAGCUCACGGCGGGUGAUUCGAGUUCUUUAUCGGCCAAGAUCGGUGUUUCUGUUGAGGAUGCGGCGGCGUUAAGUUCGAUGGAUGUUGUGGCGGAGAGGAGGAUUGAGAGAUUGGCUAUGAAAGUUGGGGAGAAUUUGUUUAACUUUAUGCAGUCUUUUUGUGGUGUUGAUGGAAGUAAAUUGGUUGUUCCUAUGGAUAUUUUGGAUCGUUGGUUUAAGAAGUUUCAGGAGAAAGCUAAACGUGAUCCUGGUUUCCUCAAAACCUUUGCUUUGUAAGGUUAGUUUUUAGCUUCAGUGUUACUCCAAUGGUGGGUUUUGGAACAUUUGAUCUUUGGGGUUCUGUAUGAUGAAUUGAACCAGAGAUUGUAGUUUUACUUGGUUUAUGAUCUUGCUUCACUGUACUACAAUGGUGGGUUUGUCCCAUUUGAUAUUGGGUUCUGUAUGAUGAAUUGAACAAGAGAUUGUAGUUUGCCAAUGUUCUCUUUGCUUACAUAUGAAUUAUAGCUUCAGUAA